GUGUGUGUGAGAGAGAGAGAGAGAGAGAGAGAGAGAGGCUGAGUAAGUAAUAGAACAGUAGGAGGAUUUCUGGCAUGCAUGGGAGAUUGGGGUGUGAAGAGGGAGGGGACACUUUGAUGGGAAGAAAAGAGAAAGGUAAAGAAUGAGUGUGCUUCACACAACGAGACAGCAAAGGGGCUUUCACAAGAGUUCUGAGAACGCUGGACUAAGAGAGAGGAGACAGAGAGGAGACAGAGAGGAGACAGACUUCAUUUCCUUCAGAAUCAAGAUGUUUGGGGUGUCAAACUUUAUACUCUUCCUGCUAAUCUUUGUGGUUGACUUCAUAUGGGCAGCCUCAGUGAGCCCCUUAGCGCCUGACCUGCCUUUAAGGAAAACAAACAUCAUCUACAUCCCUGACAUUGACGAAGACUACGAAGACGAAACCUCCAAACCUUCGUAUGGUCCCAGGCUGCCCUGGGAAACCACAACCCACUUAAUCCCCCAGGAAUGUGACUAUGACCCCUGUGUGGUUCAUGAGGUCUCAUGCUCUGAGAUCUCUGCACGCACCAAGUGUUACUGUCCGGGGCUUACGGGCCCGCAGGAGCUGCCGCUAUCCCCACAGCUCCGCGAGGUCAAACAAGGAGCAUCUGGAGAGGCGCAGGUGCAUUGGUGUGCUCCUCUUUCUAUAGUAACGCACUACAAACUGAUGGUAGAAGGAAGAGAGGGCCUCCCGCCGGUUUUUGGGCAGUUUUCCCGUAAUGGGACAGUGCGAGGAGUGAAGGUGGGGUCACGGGUAUGCGUGGUGGCUGUGAAUGACGCAGGGUUCAGCGUGGAGACUGAAAUGUCAUGCACCCAGUUCAUGCCACAAGAGCUCAGCCAGGGAGCCGUCAGGGCCGGGGUAAUCGCUGGCUCCGUCGGCUUCCUGGCACUGUUGUCAUUAGUUGCACUGUUACUGUGGCGACAGAAGUCUUGUCAGAAGGACAGGUCCUUGAACGCGGAGGGACUCGGAAAUCCUUCAUACACCAUAAAUGAAACCCUGUGAUUGGACAGAGAGACAGAGGACAUGAUGUGGCUGGAAAAUGUGACAGGACACUGUGACAGAAGAGUGAAGGAGGCAGGAUAGCAAGAGACUGUAGAAAAAGCCCUAUUGGAUAAAUAGAUUUCCAAAAUAUUUUCUAAUAAUAGGUUUGUAAGCUUGUUGUUCUUAAAGUUUAAUUUAUGGUGCUAUAGCACAAUGGAAUUGUUUCUAUGAGGUUUUAGGGAGUCUUAGUUGUACAGACCCUGCUGGUUUAGAAGUCAUGUACAUAAAUUGUUUACAUAACUAUGUCUUUUGGCACAACUAAUCUUUUAACAAAAUAACUUUAAUUGCAUUUGUUGUACCAAAUGAUUUGAUUUGACCUGAAGAAAAAAUAUUUUAAUAGAACUUAAUUUCUUACUUGGUUUGACAGGGAAAAGAAUAAAGCGUAAACUUAUUGAAAAUUUGUUUUUGAGUUAUUGGUUGUAUUGUAUUUGUAAUGUGAGGCACACCCACAGUUUUCCUUCAGCAAAAUACUUUAGGAAUGUAAAAUGUAAUUUAAGAAAGAGGCGUGAACUGGCACAGCUGGGGCACACUGGUACAGGUGGGGCACGCUGGUACAGGUGAGGAAUACAAGUACAGGUGGGACAAACUGAUACAGGUGGGACACACUGAUACAGAUGGGGAAUACAAGUACAGAUGGGGCACACUGCUAUAGGUGGGGCACACUUAUACAGGUGGGGAAUACAAGUACAGAUGGGGCACACUGAUACAGGCAGGGUGCACUGGUACAGGUGGGGAAUAAAAGUACAGGUGGGGAAUACUGGUGCAGGUGGGGAAUUCAAGUACAGAUGGGGCACACUGAUACAGGUGGGGAAUUCAAGUACAGGUGGGGAAUACUGGUACAGGUGGGGAAUACAAGUACAGGUGGGGCACUCUGGUACAAGUGGGGUGCACUAGUACAGGUGAGAAAUACAAGUAUAGCUGGGCCACACUGGUACAGGUGGGGUGCACUAGUACAGGUAGUGGGACCUAGUUCAGGAGGGGCACACUAGUACAGGUGGGGUACCUUUAUACAGGUAGGGCGCACUGGUACAGGUGGGGUGCACUAGUAUAGGUGGGGUACCUUUGUACAGGUGGGGCGCACUGGUACAGGUGGGGUGCACUAGUACAGGUAGAAUAUCUUUGUACAGGUAGGGUGCACUAGUACAGGUGGGGUGCAAUAGUAUAGCUGGAGUGCAAUGGUAUAGCUGGAGUGCACUGGUACACCUCAGGAAGGUUUUUUGCAGAACAAAAGAAAAAAGAAGUUUCAUAAAACAUAUUACAAUCUAAAAAAUUAAAUACAAUUUAUGUAAAUAAAAAACAGAAAAUGCAUAUAAAAGAGCCAGAGCAGAUGAAAAAGUAUCAGUGUUUUAAGAAGCACCGCUAAAUUUUACAAAAAUGACCCAUUUUCUAUGAGACAUACAGUAUGAGCUCAUUUAUUCAGCAGCAUACCCAGCAGAUGUUAAUGUAUGUGUCCACCAGUAAAUGUCUGUAUGUGUGUAUUCCUGUUAUUGCUGGGUUUCCUGUAUAUUUUCUCUCUCUUGUUUUAUCUAAUCUCUAAGCAUUGUAUCUGUGUCAUUUUGUUUGGACUGUUUCCAUUUGUCUCUGUAAUAAUAGGUUGGGGGGAAGAAAAUCCCUAAUCAUACUUUACUGUAUGUCAUAAACUCAUAAGUGCUCAGUAAUACUCUCCAUACCCACCGCAAUUAAACUUUAGCAAGAACAGUAAACCAUUCCUUUUUAUCUUCAUUCAGGCUGGUGUCACAUGUCUAUUCUGCAUGCAUAUUUACCCUAAAGUACAUGAUUACCAUUGUAAGGCUGCAUCCCCAGGAACUUUGCUUUGUUUUACAGCAUACCUGUAGCACAAUCUUCAACAUUAAAUGUAACUUGCAACCCCUAA